AUGACCUUUACUUAUUUUAGUUUGGGAUAUGUAACAGAACACAUGAACCCUAAAAACAAGUUAGCUCCGCUGUUUGAAGCUCAACUAGAGUUAUUGGACCCAGACAUGGUAUUCGUUCCAAGCCUAGAACCGAAUGAUGAAAACAGUUUCACUAAAUUGUUAAAUAGUAUCAUAAAUGAUAUUCUAAAAAUAUCAUCGCUGGUUGAGCGAAUUGAUAAACUAAAAGACGAAUCGUACGAACAACAAAUUGUUAACAACGAAGAAAUUAUUGAAAUGAAAGAAGAAAUUUUGGCUGGUAUUGAAAAGGUGAUUGACGAUGCCAACGAAUUUUGCAAGACUUUUGAGAAUUACUCUUAUUUAUGGUUAGAAGAAAGAGACGCGGUAAUGGAAAUAUUUCUCACUUAUGGCAGAAUAUUAACUCCUGAUGAAGUAGAUAAACUAGUUUCAGAAGAAAAAGAUGGUACAGCACCAGUGCCAUGUGCUCCAAAAAUGGAGGCUUUCCGAGAACAAAUUGAUCAUUACGAAAAUUUGUUUAUGGAGAUAGAAGAUAUGGCAUCUUGUAAAGUAUUUAACAACUGGUUUCAGGUUGAUAUAAGACCGUUCCGUCAAGCACUCCUGAAUACCGUCAGGAAGUGGGGCAACAUGUACAAAGAACAUUUGGUUAACAACGUCAUAUCGAGGCUUAGUGACUUGGGCAAUUUUAUUCGGCAAGCUGAUGAAGGUUUGCUACAACCAGUACCAGAAGGUGACUAUGAAGCUUUAGUUUCGGUGAUGGGAUAUCUCAUGCAUGUCAAAGAUCGUGCAGUCACCACAGAUGACAUGUUCCAGCCUCUAACUGAAACCAUUGAACUACUGAAGUUCUAUGACAUGGAUAUACCUGAAGAAGUUAAUGUGUUGCUGCAAGAACUCCCAGAGCAAUGGCAGGCAACAAAGAAGUUAGCGCUAACAGUGAAACAACAAGUAGCGCCAUUACAAGCAGCUGAAGUUUCGGGUAUCAGGAAGAAAAUCUCCACUUUUGAUGCGCAUGUAAUUUAUUACAGAGAAGUUUUUAAGCGCUAUGCGUUCUUUAGAUACGAUUGUGGAGAUCCUUAUGAUGUAAUGUCUAGAGUAGACUUCGAACUAUUGCACCUAGAAGAAGAGAUGAGCAGUAUUCAAGAAUCAGGUUCAUUGUUUGAAGUCAACGUACCAGAAUUCAAGUUAUUGAAACAAUGCAGAAAGGAGUUGAGGAUGUUGAAGCAACUUUGGGAUUAUGUACAUAUUGUGAGGACUAGCAUUGAAGAUUGGAAAACCACUCCUUGGCGAAAGAUCGAUGUUGAAAACAUGGACAUUGAAUGUAAAAAGUUUGCCAAAGAGAUUCGAUUACUGGAUAAAGAAAUGAGAAGCUGGGAUACUUACAUAACCCUGGAAGCUACAGUAAAAAAUAUGUUGACAUCAUUGCGAGCUGUCGGUGAACUGCAAAAUCCAGCAAUAAGGGAACGUCACUGGGACCAACUUAUGAGAACGACUAAGAGCUUAGCAGCAUUACCACGUGAACUUACUGUGAGAAUUGUUAUGGAUGAGGAUACUACGUUAGCAGACUUAUUGGCUCUAAAUUUGCACGAAUGCGAGGAAGAAGUUAAAAAUAUUGUAGAUAAAGCAGUAAAAGAGAUGUCAAUGGAGAAAACAUUAAAAGAUCUUAACGCUACUUGGAGUCAAAUGGAAUUUGAACAAGAAAUCCAUACUAGAACUGGUUGUGUUUUAUUGAGAGCUAGCGAAGAACUUAUCGAGACUUUAGAAGAGAAUCAGGUGCAACUACAAAAUUUGAUAACAUCAAAAUUCAUAGCGUACUUCUUAGAGGAGGUAUCUGGUUGGCAACAGAAACUGUCAAUAGCAGAUCAGGUCAUCACCGUAUGGUUUGAAGUGCAAAGAACUUGGACGCAUUUGGAAAGUAUAUUCAUGAGUUCUGAAGACAUUAGAAAACAACUCCCAGAGGAUUCAGCACGUUUUGAUAGGAUUGAUUCUGAGUUUAAAAUACUAUCAACAGAGAUGUCUAAAACACCUAAUGUCGUGAAAAGUACGAAUAAAAAAGGUUUAGUUGAGGAUCUCGAUAGCAUACAGAAAGACUUAAUAAUCUGUGAGAAAGCUUUAGCAGAGUACUUGGAAACUAAACGGCUAGCUUUUCCAAGGUUUUACUUUGUGUCUUCCGCAGACCUGCUUGACAUAUUAUCUAAUGGUAAUCAAGCUGAUCUGGUUAUCAGACAUCUAACAAAAUUGUUCGACUCCAUGGCAAGACUCAAGUUUAUAGAAUCUGAGAACCCUAAUGAGAAGGUUGCGUCUGGUAUGAUUGCCAAGGAUGGAGAGUUUGUACCAUUUCAUGGUACUUGUGAUUGCACUGGAGCAGUAGAAAUUUGGCUAAACCGGUUACAGGAUAUAAUGAGGUCCACAAUUCGUCACUAUUUCGGAGAAGCGUUUGUAACUUACGAAGAGAAACCUCGAGAACAGUGGCUCUUCGAUUUUAUGGCUCAAGUUUCAUUGUGUGGCACACAAAUAUGGUGGACUACGGAAGUAAACAUGGCUUUUGCAAGACUUGAAGAAGGUUACGACAAUGCGUUAAAGGAUUAUUAUAAGAAACAGUUAUCACAACUGAGUACAUUGAUCUCUUUGUUGAUUGGAGAAUUGAGUAAGCAAGACCGACAAAAGAUUAUGACAAUUUGUACUAUAGAUGUACAUUCACGUGAUGUUGUUGGUAAAAUGAUUCAAGGGAAGGUUGAAGCUGGAUCGGCGUUCCAGUGGCAGUCGCAACUGAGGCACAGGUGUCGGGAGUUAUUGUUGAAUCAUCCGCACUUGUCUCUUCAUUUAGUUAUGGGAGGAGGUCCAGCGGGUCCCGCUGGUACUGGAAAAACUGAAACUACCAAAGAUUUGGGCAGAGCCCUCGGUAUUAUGGUAUAUGUCUUCAAUUGCUCCGAACAAAUGGACUACCAGUCUUGCGGCAACAUUUAUAAAGGUUUGGCUCAAACUGGAGCCUGGGGAUGUUUUGAUGAAUUUAACAGAAUUUCGGUUGAAGUGUUAUCUGUCGUCGCUGUUCAAGUUAAAUCUGUGCAAGAUGCUAUUAGAGACAAGAAAGAGAAAUUUAACUUCAUGGGGGAAAUAAUAGUCCUUGUUCCAUCAGUUGGAAUAUUUAUCACGAUGAAUCCAGGGUAUGCCGGUCGCACGGAAUUGCCUGAGAAUCUCAAAGCUUUAUUCAGACCAUGCGCUAUGGUUGUACCUGACUUUGAACUUAUUUGCGAAAUUAUGUUAGUUGCCGAAGGUUUUCAAGAGGCCAAGAUUUUGGCGAGGAAGUUCAUAACGUUGUAUACUUUAUGUAAAGAAUUGUUAUCUAAACAAGAUCAUUAUGAUUGGGGUUUAAGGGCAAUUAAAUCCGUACUGGUUGUAGCUGGUUCCCUUAAGAGAGGCGACCCUGGUAGACCAGAAGAAGAAGUCCUAAUGAGAACUCUUCGUGAUUUUAAUAUUCCUAAAGUAGUAACAGACGAUAUGCCAGUAUUCAUGGGACUCAUAGGGGACUUGUUUCCUGCUCUCGAGGUGCCAAGAAAACGUGAUCUUGAAUUUGAAAGAACUGUUAAACAAGCUGCUAUGGAUUUAUUAUUACAACCUGAAGAUAAUUUUAUUCUUAAAGUUGUACAGUUAGAAGAAUUACUUGAAGUUCGUCAUUCAGUAUUCACAGUUGGUAAUGCUGGGACAGGCAAGACACAAGUAUGGAAAACACUGUUCAAAACUUACCAAAAUCUAAAAAAGAAGCCGAUAUUUAAUGAUUUGAAUCCUAAAGCCGUUACAAAUGAUGAAUUAUUUGGCAUUAUUAAUCCUGCCACCAGAGAAUGGAAAGAUGGACUACUAUCAGUAUUAAUGAGAGAUCAAGCCAAUUUAGUUGGCGAAAACCCCAAAUGGAUCGUUUUAGAUGGUGAUAUUGAUCCUAUGUGGAUUGAGUCAUUAAACACAGUGAUGGAUGAUAAUAAAAUUUUGACACUGGCUAGCAACGAAAGAAUAGCACUUACUCCAACUAUGAGAUUGAUGUUUGAGAUUUCUAAUUUGAGAACUGCUACUCCAGCUACAGUUUCCAGAGCGGGUAUUUUGUAUAUUAAUGCACAGGAUUUAGGAUGGAAUCCAUAUGUCACAAGUUGGGUAGAAACACGCAAGAUUCCGGCAGAAAAAUCGAAUUUGGUCGUCCUCUUCGAUAAAUACAUUCCUUCGUGUUUGGAAACGGUUCGAACUCGCUUUAAGAAGAUAACUCCUAUUGUAGAUAUGGCUCAUGUGCAAAUGCUGUGUCAUUUGUUAGACUGUUUACUGGUACCCGAGAAUACUCCAGCAGAAUGUCCAAAGGAAUGGCACGAUAUUUUUUUUGUAUUUGCGUGUGUUUGGGCUUUCGGAUCUGCAAUGUAUCAAGAGGGUAGUCUUGAUUAUAGAGUUGAAUUUACAAAAUGGUGGUUAAAUGAGUUUAAGACCAUUAAAUUUCCACCUGGUGGCACCGUGUUUGACUAUUACAUAGACCCGGAAACUAAAAAGUUUACUCCAUGGACUGAGAAGAUUCCAAAGUUUGAAUUGGAUUCUGAUAUACCCUUACAGGCCGUUUUAGUCCCAACGGCAGAAACAAUAAGAAUUAGAUUUUUUUUGGAUUUGUUGAUGAAGAAAAAACAUCCAGUUAUGUUAGUUGGUAGCGCUGGUUGUGGUAAAACAGUUUUAGUCAACGAAAAGUUACAGGUCUUACCUGAAACAUAUGCAGUUCAAUCAAUACCUUUUAACUUUUAUACAUCAUCGGAGAUGCUUCAAAAAAUUCUUGAAAAACCUUUAGAAAAGAAGGCUGGUAGAAAUUACGGACCUCCUGGGAACAAAACAUUGAUAUAUUUCAUCGACGAUAUGAAUAUGCCCGAAGUAGAUGCCUAUGGAACAGUUCAGCCUCAUACAAUAAUCCGACAGCAUAUGGAUUAUAAUCAUUGGUAUGAUCGAACAAAACUGACUUUGAAAGACAUCCACAAUACUCAGUACGUUUCGUGUAUGAACCCCACAUCGGGCAGCUUCACUAUAAAUCCUAGGUUACAGAGACAUUUCUGUGUAUUUGCAAUCAGUUUUCCAAAUGCUGAAGCUUUGAAUAACAUUUAUCAUUCAAUUCUGAGUCAGCAUUUGACUAAUCCAGAAUUAAGGAUUAAUCCCCAAAUUUCAAAAUUAUCAGGUAAUGUAGUAGGUGCCACUAUAACAUUGCACAACAAAGUCUCUCAAAUAUUUUUACCGACUGCAAUCAAAUUUCACUACAUAUUCAAUUUGCGAGACUUAUCAAACAUAUUUCAGGGUUUCUUAUUCAGUACAAACGAAUGCCUAGUGAAUCCGUCCGAUUUACUCCGUUUAUGGCUACACGAAACUAGUCGUGUCUACGGAGAUAAAUUGACUGAGGAUAAAGAUAUUGAUGCAUUUCUCAAAGUUCAAAUUGAUAUAUGUAAGAAGUCCUUUGAGGACAUAGAUGAAGGCGUAGUGUUCGAGAAACCAAACAUUUUCUGUCAUUUUGCUGGUGGCAUCGGUGAGCCCAAGUAUAUGCCGAUCUUGUCGUGGGAGCAAUUGAGCAAGUUACUCUCUGAGGCCAUGUCGAGUUACAACGAUCUCAUUGCUGCAAUGAACUUGGUGUUGUUUGAAGAUGCCAUGAUGCACAUAUGCAGGAUUUCUCGAAUCCUGGAGAGCCCAAGAGGUAGUGCUCUAUUGAUAGGCGUGGGAGGUUCUGGUAAACAGUCACUGUCUCGAUUAGCAUCCUUCAUUGCAAGUUUAGAAGUUACUCAGAUACAGUUGAAAAAGGGAUACGGCAUAUCUGAUCUCAAGAAUGAACUAUCUCAGCUAUAUAUUAAAACAGGUCUGAAGAACGUCGGAAUUAUGUUCUUAAUGACAGAUGCACAAGUGGCUAAUGAGCAAUUCUUGGUACUUAUCAAUGAUUUACUAGCAUCCGGUGAAGUGGCUGAUUUAUUCCCAGAUGACGAAAUUGAAAAUAUCUUAGCUGGUGUGAGGAAUGAGGUGAAAGGCGCUGGCUUGCCAGACACUCGGGAAGUAUGCUGGAAGUUUUUCAUAGACAGAGUACGAAGACAGCUAAAAGUUGUGCUGUGUUUUUCGCCUGUUGGAUCGACUCUUAGAGUGAGAUCGAGAAAGUUUCCAGCGCUUACAAAUUGUACUUCUAUCAAUUGGUUCCAUGAAUGGCCUCAGGAAGCUUUAGUCUCAGUUGCUAUGCGAUUUUUAGAGGAACUAGACGCAUUACCGGUUGUUUUAAAAGAUUCGAUAUCACGAUUUAUGGCAUACGUUCACACAUCAGUUAAUACGAUGUCUAAAGCUUACUUGUCCAAUGAGAGAAGAUACAAUUAUACUACACCCAAAAGUUAUCUCGAACAAAUUAGUUUAUAUGCCAAGUUGGUUAAAAAUAAAACUGAAGAACUACGAGCAAAAAUUGUAAGACUGGAAAAUGGUUUAGAAAAAUUACGCUGCACAGCAUGCCAAGUGGAGGCUUUAAAAGAAAAACUGGCAGUACAAGAAAUAGAACUACAUCAAAAAAAUGAAGCCGCCGACAAACUUAUUGAAAUGGUUGGCGUUGAAACUGCAAAAGUACAAAGCGAAAAAGCCCUCGCCGAUGAGGAGGAAGAGAGAGUAGGAGUAAUUGCCGAAGAAGUAUCUAAGAAACAAAAAGAUUGUGAAGAAGAUUUGAUAAAAGCAGAGCCUGCUUUAGUAGCGGCUCAAGAAGCUCUGAAUACAUUAAACAAAGCUAACCUUACAGAAUUGAAAUCUUUCGGUUCACCACCUGGAGCUGUGACCAAUGUCACUGCCGCCGUGAUGGUAUUAAUGGCACCCAAUGGAAAGAUUCCAAAGGACAGAAGUUGGAAGGCUGCCAAGAUGGUGAUGGCAAAAGUAGACUUAUUUUUGGAAUCUCUUAUAAACUAUGAUAAAGAAAAUAUCCAUCCUGAUGUCAUCAAAGCUAUUCAACCUUAUCUAAAGGAUUCAGAGUUUGAACCAGAAUUCGUAAGAUCAAAAUCUGCUGCAGCAGCCGGUUUGUGUGCUUGGGUUAUUAAUAUUAUAAAGUUCUUUGAAGUAUUUUGUGAUGUUGAGCCUAAACGAAAAGCUUUGCAAGCUGCUAACGCUGAAUUAGCAGCGGCUUCUGAAAAGUUGAGGUGUAUUAAAGCUAAAGUCGUGGCUCUGGAAGAACUCUUAGCUUCAUUGACAGCAGAUUUUGAAAAAGCUACUGCCGAGAAAAUGAAGUGUCAGAGAGAAGCAGAUGCAACCAAUGCCGUCAUUCAACUUGCCAAUAGACUUGUUAAUGGGCUUGCGAGUGAAAACGUACGAUGGGCAGAAGCUGUAUCUAGUUUAAUGCAACAAAGUACGACACUACCAGGUGAUAUCCUUUUGGUCUGCGCUUUUAUAUCUUACGUUGGAUGCUUUACAAAGCAAUAUAGAUUAGACUUACUACACAAGAACUGGCUUGUUUUUCUGAAAACAUUAGAGCCCCCAAUACCUAUCACAGAGGGAUUAGAUCCACUUACCAUGCUGACAGACGACACAACAAUAGCGAUGUGGCAGAACGAAGGUCUACCGUCUGACAGAAUGAGUACAGAAAAUGCAACUAUCUUAUCUAAUUCUGAUAGGUGGCCGCUUAUGAUUGAUCCACAGUUGCAAGGUGUGAAAUGGAUAAAACAGAAGUAUGGAGACAAACUGCAAGUUAUACGCUUAGGUCAAAAAGGCUACUUAGAUAUUAUAGAAAAGUCUAUUAUUAAAGGAGAAACAGUGCUCUUGGAGAACAUAGGAGAAACGGUAGAUCCAGUUCUGGAUCCAUUACUUGGACGAAAUCUAAUAAAGAAAGGAAGGGCAAUAAAGAUAGGGGAUAAAGAAAUCGAAUAUAGUUCGAACUUCAGACUAAUUCUACACACGAAACUUGCUAAUCCACACUACAAGCCAGAAAUGCAAGCUCAAACUACAUUGGUUAACUUCACAGUCACCAGAGAUGGUCUUGAAGAUCAACUUCUAGCCGAAGUAGUAAAGGCUGAAAGACCAGACUUAGAAGAACUAAAAGCUGACUUAACCAAACAACAAAAUCAAUUUAAGAUUCAAUUAAAAGGUUUAGAAGAUGAUCUUUUGUCAAGAUUAUCUUCUGCUGGGGAUAAUAUUCUUGGUGAUACUGCUUUGGUAGAGAAUUUAGAAACUACAAAAAAGACAGCUGCGGAUAUUGAAAGGAAAGUCUCAGAAGCUAAAAUAACAUCACAUGAAAUCGAUGAAGCCCGAGAAUUCUACCGACCAGCAUCGGCCAGAGCCUCUUUAUUAUACUUCAUCUUGAAUGACUUGAAUACGAUAAAUCCUAUCUAUCAAUUUUCCUUAAAGGCAUUCAGUGUGGUGUUUCAAAAAGCAAUAUCCCGUGCGGAACCAGCAGACGAAGUCAAUCAACGCAUUAAAAAUCUUAUCGAUUGUAUCAGUUAUUCGGUAUUCCAAUAUACUUCGCGAGGACUCUUUGAGUGUGAUAAACUGAUAUUCGCAUCGCAGAUGACUUUUCAGGUACUUUUAAUGAGUGAAGAAAUAUCUCCUGUAGAAUUAGAUUUUUUCCUCCGUUUCCCAAUAAAGCCUCACGUGACUAGUCCAGUAGACUUUCUUUCUCACUCGAGCUGGGGUGGUAUAUGUUCUUUAGCAAGUAAAGAUGAGUUCAGAAAUUUAGAUCGAGAUAUAGAGACUUCACCGAAGAGAUGGAAAAAGAUCGUUGAGGUUGAAUGUCCUGAAAGAGAAAAGUUUCCACAGGAAUGGAAAAAUAAAACGCCUCUUCAAAGAUUAUGCAUGAUGCGGGCUUUACGACCCGACAGAAUGACGUACGCCGUGGCAGCCUACAUUGAAGAGAAAAUGGGUAGUAAAUACGUGGAGAACCGAACGGUGGAAUUUAGCAAAUCUUUUGAAGAAACAAGUCCUACGACUCCAAUAUUCUUUAUACUUUCUCCAGGAGUUAAUCCAUUAAAAGAUGUGGAAGCUUUGGGCAAGGUCAUGGGGUUUACGGCUGAUAAUGGAAACUUCCAUAAUGUAUCGUUAGGUCAAGGCCAGGAGAUAGUAGCUGAACAGGCUAUGGAUGAGGCCUUGGUAAAGGGUCACUGGGUUGUUUUACAGAAUAUUCAUCUAGUAAAGAAAUGGCUACCAAGCCUUGAAAAGAAAAUGGAGAGUUUUGCGAAUGGUUGUCAUGAUGAAUUUAGGCUAUUUAUGUCAGCUGAACCUGCGGCGACUCCAGAUGCUCACAUUAUACCUCAAGGAAUUUUGGAGUCAAGUAUUAAAAUUACUAAUGAACCUCCUACAGGAAUGCAGGCGAAUAUUCAUAAAGCUCUAGACAAUUUUAAUCAAGAAACUCUGGAGAUGUGUGGUAAAGAAGCCGAGUUCAAAGCAAUAUUAUUUGCUCUUUGUUAUUUCCAUGCGGUGGUAGCCGAGAGAAGGAAGUUUGGGCCACAAGGAUGGAAUAAGAUAUAUCCAUUUAAUGUGGGUGACCUUACAAUAAGCGUAUUUGUGUUGUUUAAUUACUUGGAAGCUAACUCCAGAGUUCCCUGGGAAGAUUUAAGAUAUCUUUUCGGUGAAAUAAUGUACGGAGGACAUAUCACUGAUGAUUGGGAUAGGAGACUUUGUAACGCAUACUUAGAAGAAUUGAUGCAGCCGGAUUUGGUUGACGGUGAACUUCAACUAGCUCCCGGUUUCCCAGCACCACCCAAUACUGACUUCGUUGGUUAUCAUCAAUACAUUGAAGAUGCAAUGCCAGCAGAAUCACCUUACCUAUACGGUUUGCAUCCUAAUGCCGAAAUAGGUUUCCUUACGACUACGUCGGAGAACUUGUUUAGGACUAUAUUUGAAAUGCAGCCCAGAGAUGCGCAAGCUUCUGGUGCUGCUACAGUUACUAGAGAAGAUAAAGUAAAACAAAUGAUAGACGAGAUAAUAGAGAAGCUUCCAGAGGAAUUCAAUAUGGCAGAGAUAAUGGGAAAAGUAGAAGAAAGGACUCCAUAUGUAAUUGUAGCAUUCCAGGAGUGUGAGAGAAUGAAUUAUCUUACAGGAGAGAUGAAGAGAUCGCUUAGGGAACUGGACCUAGGGCUAAAGGGCGAGUUAACAAUUACCUCGGAUAUGGAAGAUUUGGAGAAUGCAUUGUUCUUGGACCAAGUACCUAUGAUAUGGACUAGUCGGGCGUACCCUUCGCUUCUUGGUUUGUCGGCGUGGUUUGUGGACCUUACACUUAGAUUGAGAGAAUUGGAAACGUGGGCUACAGAUUUUGUUUUGCCGGCAUCAGUGUGGCUUGGAGGCUUCUUCAAUCCUCAAAGUUUAUUGACGGCCAUCAUGCAAAGCACGGCUCGAAAGUAUGAAUUGCCUCUUGAUAAGAUGUGUCUUCAGUGUGAUGUUACAAAGAAGAUGAAAGAAGAAUUCACGGUUGCUGACACUAGAGCAGGUCCUCGAGACGGCGCCUUCGUCCAUGGACUAUUAAUGGAAGGUGCAAGGUGGGACCAACAAGCUGGUAUUAUUAUGGACUCCAGGCUCAAGGACUUGUUUCCUCCCAUGCCGGUGAUAAACGUUAGGGCCAUAACCCAAGAUAAACAAGAUCUUCGCAAUAUGUAUGAAUGUCCAGUUUAUAAAACACGAACUCGUGGACCAACUUACGUGUGGACCUUCAACUUGAAGACCAAGGACAAGCCUGCUAAGUGGACGUUGGCUGGAGUUGCUUUGCUCUUGCAGGUGUAG